AUGGAGACGAAUCCGGAGCCCUCGGGGGAUGAGGGCUCUCUGAAAAACGCCAAGGAACGCUGUACCGCGCUGCAAGCUCAAGUGGACAAGGUAGAGAAGGACGCGAGAGGGCCGGUGAAGGGGGUCCCAAAAGUGAAGGCGGGAAGUUGCAAAUAUGAUGCCUACAAGUUGUCAGCAUAUGGCACCCACUGCGGCAACAACUGUCGGGCUUUUAAUGCCCUAGACGGUUGGCGUCUAAACGUAGCGGGAGAGCAACCGCCGAAGGACAAAGUCCAGAACAAGACACAGGAGAACCCGGACCCCUGGGCGUAUGAGAAAUUUCGAAGCAGUGUGGAAGGGUACUGUGCCGAAGUGCGAGCACAGAUAGAGGAGGUAUCGCCAGAGACAUUGGAGGAGUUGGAGGAUCCCGCCAAGUUUGAGAAGGACAAGGAAGGCGAGGACGCGGCAACUAAGCUGAAUGAGGAUAUACCUGCUAGACGACAGCUAUCUUGA